CAACGUGGGUGUCUAACUGUCACCCAGGGGCCCUGUGACACAAGCAGAGGGAAGAAGGCGAGAAGUAGAGGAGGAAACUAGAAAGCCAUUCUACUGCAGAAAUGGACCUGCGGUCUGAACUGCUCAAAUCCAUCUGGUACGGUUUUACAGCCCUAGAUCUGGAAAAGAGUGGUAAGGUGUCCAAGUCUCAGUUAAAGGUGCUGUCUCACAAUCUGUGUACAGUCCUGAGUAUUCCACAUGACCCGGUCGCUUUGGAGGAGCACUUCAGGGACGAUGAUGAUGGUCCAGUUUCCAGUCAAGGUUAUAUGCCUUACCUUAACAAGUACAUCCUGGAUAAGGUGGUUGACGGCUCUUUUAUUAAGGAAAACGUAGACGAGCUCUGUUGGACUCUUACAGCAAAGAAAAACUACCAAACGGAUAAAACCAGCAACACCGUUCUGCCAGAGAAAGAUGCUUUUCGCCUUUGGUGCCUUUUUAAUUUUCUCUCUGAAGACAAGUACCCUUUGGUUAUGGUCCCUGAUGAGGUGGAGUACCUCCUUAAGAAGACAUGCAUGGCUAUGAGCAUUGAGUUAAAUUGUGUUGAAUUAGAGGACUUCUUCUCCCAAGAAUCUGUGCAGGAGCGCGGCAUUACUGUUUGGGUGUUUCUGGAGAUGAUGAACACGGGAAAGAUUACUAAAGGAAUUGAUAAAGGCGUCGUCAGUAUGGCUAUAGAGGAAGUAUACAGAGAGAUAGUUGGUGAUGUCCUUAAAGAGGGUUAUCUGUGGAAGAAAGGCCAGCUGAGGAGAAACUGGAAGGAACGCUGGUUCACCUUAAGGCCCAGCAACCUGUCCUACUACACGGGGGAAGACCGCAGGGAAUGCCAGGGCAACAUAGUUCUGGAUGGAAACUGCUGUGUGGAGGAAAUAGACGAUGAUCAAAUAUUGUUCGGUCGUACAAAAUGGAUCAUAAACAUCCUUUUCCCAGUGCUGCCGGACCGGGAUGGGAAGAGAUGCAUGUUUUGUCUGAAAACCUUGUCCAAGACUUAUGAGAUGAGCGCCUCAGACACCAAACAGAGACAGGAGUGGACGACAGCCAUUCAAACAGCUAUCAGGCUGCAUGUGGAGGGGAAAACAUCCCUCCACAAAGACCUGAAGCUUAAGCGACGUGAGCAGCGUGAGCAUCGGGAGAAAAGACGACAGUCCAAGGAAGAGGAGCUGCAAAGGCUGCGGGCCCUUCAGGAGGAACGGGAGCGUAAGCUGGCAGAGCUGGACCUCCUGAAAGAGGCGCAAAAGCAGGCUCAUGCCCUGCUGGAACAGGACGAGCUGAGGAGGCGCCAGCAGCACGAACAGCUCCAGCAGGCCUUGGAGGUCCAGCUGCGAGAGGCAGAGGAGGCACGGGUCAGUAUGCAGGCAGAGAUGGCUCUGAAAGAGGAGGAAGCAGAGAAACAGAGGAAGAGAAUCCAGGAGCUGGAGGAGAUGCAGAAGCGUUUGGAGGAGGCGCUGCAGCUGGAGAUCAAGGCCAGGAUGGAUGAGGAGGCUUUCCGCUACGCUCAAGCAGGAUUGCUGGCUGAAGAGGAGGAGAAAAUGAAGGCCCUGAUGUCCCUGCAGGAGGAACAGGAGGAGUACAUCCUGAAGACACAAAGGGAGAAGCAGGAGCUGAAACAGGAAAUGGAGGCCAAGUCCCGGGACCUUGAUGAGGCGCAGAGGCAGCUGGAGGAGGUCCGAGCCAACCGACACAGGGUCGACCAGGAUGUGGUGGCUGCUCAGAGGAAACUUCGCCAGGCGAGCACCAACGUGAAACACUGGAACGUCCAGAUGAACAGACUGAUGCGACCAAUCGGACCAGGCGAGAAAAGACCGUCUCUGGGAAGCUCUUACUCAUCCUUCCAGAUCCCGACACAGAGGGAUCCCGGGCUGCGUCUCAGGAGAUCAGGAUCAGAGGAUCAGAAUGAGGAGAGCAAAGAAAACGUUGACAACAGAGCUGAAUGUGAUUCAGCGAAACGCCAUUCCCAUGCCUCGAAUGGAGAAAUGGACAUCCCUUAGAAAGAAGAAUCAGUGAGGGAGGGAUUUUUUCUGAAAAAAUGGCCAUAAACAACUGUUUGGUGUGCAAACAAUAUUAAACAGCGGGACUUUACACUGAAACUGAAUUACAGUACUGCCAUUUCUAUUAAUUUACUGACCUCAUUACACAGACCACAACAGUUCAAAAUGGAGAAUAGCUUUGAAAUAAUUCACUUCUAGACUAAGCUUUGACGGUGACCUGCGUGAGGCUUUGGGACAUAAAAAAAUACCUCAGUGGAAAUAAAAUGUUAGUUGUAAGCAAGUUCCUGAGAGGAAGUUGCAAUGUUUUAAGGCUAAACACGAAACAAGGAAGCUGAUUUAUUUAAAUCUAUAAUAGUGAAAGAUAACACAGUUUUAUUUUUAUUCAGCCAUUCUGGAGCAUUGAGUGUGGGUUGACUUUUUGAUGUCAAAAAUUGGAUCAGUAUUAUGGUUAAUGCAAUAAUGUUGUCGGUGUCUGCCUCCUGAUCGACAGGAAAGAGAGAGAGAGAGAGACUCAUUGCACUUCCUGUUUCUUCUGCUAACAUAACUGUAAAUAAAAGAGUGAAUUGAAGUGUUGACCUGAA